GAAGCUAUCGACACUUUGGCAAACUUCACUUCAUUUUUGCGCUGUAUUGAGCGGAAAAAUCUGAGACGAGAAGGAAGUGCUCCGGUGGACGUGGUUGUUGUGACGUGUUCUUAUCACGUUCCAAGAGCCUGGACCGUGGCUAGCCUUGUCCUGGGCUACGCUGGGCUUUCUUUCCAUGUGGCUGAAGCGCACCUUGACUGA